AUGAAGGCUGCUCAGAUCCUCGCCAUCCUUGGCUUCUCUGCCAUCUCCAUGGCUCAAUCUCUUGCUCCCUCGCCUACUGAGAGCAUUGGCUGCUGGCACUGCGAAGGUCCCCGCGAGACCGGGGCUGCAGCCAGCUCCGCCAGCGUCAGUCUCGCCCCCUCGCCCACUGAAAGCCAGGGGUGCUCGCCUCAUGGAGAUCACUGGCAUUGUGAGGGCCCUCGUGUUACGACUGGUGCCGUAACUGGAACCACGUUGAGCACCGCCGUGGCCGUCACCACCACCGCCGCGGACCAUGAUCACGACCACGACGAUGACCACUCAUCUGGAAGCGCCAGUCUUCCCCCUUCUCCUACCGGAAGAGGAAACUGCAGCCCUCAUGUUGACCACUGGCACUGCGACGUCCCGGCCACCAAGGCCGCCUCCAGUGUCUCCGGCACGGCCCCGGCGACCACCAACGCUGCUGCCACCACCGCCGGCAACAGCACUUCUCCCACUCCCACUGCUGUCCCUGCCGGCGCUGCCCGCGCUGGCUUCGGUGCUGCUGCCAUCGUCGCCGCUCUCAUGGCCUUCUAA